AUGUCUCGUUCGAUGGCUUCGGUCAAUGGACCGACAGACGUGAGUCGGUCAGUCGAGAAAGGAAGUAGGAUUGUGUAUCCAAAAGUACAAAAGCGAUUCGAAGAAAUAAUACACGAAUAUAAAAUAAAAGACGUUUUUCGGUGGAUUGAAGAUCCAGAUUCUGUAGAAACUCUACGAUUUGAGAACGCGCAGAAGAACAUUAGUCAAUCGUUCAUUAAAAGAAGUGCGGAAUGGGCGAAUAAUAAUUCCGAACUGUCAAAGCUAUGGAAUUUCCUGAAGUAUGGGUGUCCCCCCAAGUGUCACGGUAACUACUAUUAUUAUUUUAAGAAUACUGUCCUGCAGAAUAAAAGCGUUAUGAUGCAGCAAACGAUUUUAGAGAGCCCAUAGUCUGUACUCCUUGACACCAAUAGCUUAUUUUCUGAUGAAAUGAGCCAUAUCACAGUCUCGGAUAAGUACACGGCCUGUGGACUGAGAGAAAAUGGUUCCGAUUGGAAUUAAAUUCGAAUACGAAAUUCUAAGGAAUGUAUCGACUUACAUGAAAUUCUGGAAAAAGUAAUGUUUUCUAAUCUCUCCUUGAUUAAGGACAGCAAGGGAUUUUUCUAUGUUCGAUAUACUGAUCAAGACUGAAAGAUUGAUGGAUCAAAGACAAAGCUGGCUGAAAAUCAAAAACUGUAUCCUAAUUACCGGGUGAUUGUGAUAAAUGUUAAUAGUCCAGUAGAUGCAAAUUGGACCACCUUAAUACCCGAGCAUGAGAAUGAUGUUCAAGUGCGGGUCAAGUGCGUUGAUGGAAAUAGCUAUACUAUUCAAAAAUAUUAUCCCAAAUUUGAAAGUCGUAUAAUAUUUUACUACGACUUUGCCCAGACAACUGAAGGCUUUAGCCGGGAUAGCUAAAGUGUAGAACAGGUGUUUUAUAAAUGCACAGAUGAAACCGUUCUACCUAUGUUUAUCAUACAAAGACAGAAGUAUAUUGCGAAACCCCGCCCUUGUAUGCUUUAUAGAUAUGAAGGAUUUAACAAAAGGCUGAUGCCAUCGUUCGGCAUAAUAGGUCUGAUGUUUAUGGAUACUUUUAAUAGAGUUUUGGCUUUUCCAAAUCUAAGAGGAGGCGAAGAAUAUGGCCAAGAGUGACACGAUGGGGACAGAAUGUUGAAUAAACAAAUUGUUUUUAAUGAUUUUUAACCCGUCGCUAAGUUUUUAACCAAAAAGAACUAUACCACCAAGGAUUGAUUGUCCCCACAGGGUGCCUAGAAUGAUGGGCUUGUGGGAGCUUGCAUCAAUCAGCGUCUAGAACUAUUCGGAGCAGUCGUUGCCCAAGCUGGAGUAAUGGAUAUGUUCCGGUUCCACAGUCCCGAUGAGCGGGCACAUUUUGCAGACCUAAUUCAAUUCUCCCCUCUUCACAAUGUUCAUAUUCCUCUGAAUCCAAAUCAGGAGUACCCAUCUACAUUAAUCCUGACAGCCGAUCACAAUGGUCGUGUAAGUCCUUUGCACUCUUUUAAUUUUGUUGCUGCUCUUCAGGAAGCUGUGCGGUACUCGGAGUAUCAACUCAAUCCAAUAUUAAUAAGGGUUUAUACGAAGGCAAUAGGAGCUGAGAAGCCAACUAAAAUGCGCAUUAGUGAGGCUGGAGACAUUGUGUUUUUUAAAAAGACACUCAAUGUCGAUUGCAUUAAUCUAUGA